AUGCAGUCCCGGUGGUGGCUCUGCUGGGUACUCUGGGUGCUCCCCCUGGCUGGCCAUGGGGCGGCUGUGACCGAGGAGCAGGUCCUGGUCAGACUACUCCAGCAGCUGCAGCUCAGCCAGGCUCCCAUCCUGGACAGGAUGGAUGUGGAGGGUAUGGCCAUCCCUGCCCAUGUGAGGGCCCAGUAUGUGGCCCUGCUGCAGCGAAGCCAUGGUGACCGAGCCCGAGGCAAGAGGUUCAGCCAGAACUUCAGAGAGGUGGCAGGCAGGUUCCUGGUGUCCGAGACCUCCACACACUUGCUAGUGUUUGGCAUGGAGCAGCGGCUGCCGCCUAACAGCGAGCUGGUGCAGGCCGUGCUGCGGCUGUUCCAGGAGCCAGUCCCCAGACCUGCUCUCCGGAGGCAUGAAAGGCUGUCCCCUCACAGUGCCCGGGCUCGGGUCACCAUUGAGUGGCUGAGAGUCCGUGAGGAUGGCUCCAACCGAACUGCCCUCAUCGACUCUAGGCUCGUGUCCGUCUACGAGAGCGGCUGGAAGGCCUUCGACGUGACCGAGGCCGUGAACUUCUGGCAGCAGCUGAGCCGGCCGAGGCAGCCUCUGCUGCUGCAGGUGUCGGUGCAGAGGGAGCACCUGGGCCCGGGGACCUGGAGCGCACACAAGUUGGUCCGGUUUGCUGCGCAAGGGGCGCCGAGCAGCGAGGGACGGGGUGAGCCUCAGCUGGAGCUGCACACGCUGGACCUCAAGGACUACGGAGCUCAAGGCAAUUGUAACCCUGAGGCCCGAGUGACCAAAGGCACCAGAUGCUGUCGCCAAGAGAUGUACCUUGACCUGCAGGGGAUGAAGUGGGCGGAGAACUGGGUUUUGGAACCCCCUGGAUUCCUGAUCUAUGAAUGUGUAGGCAGCUGCCUGCAGCCACCGGAGUCCCUGACCAUCAAGUGGCCAUUUCUGGGGCCACGGCAGUGUAUUGCCUCAGAGAUGACUUCCCUGCCAGUGAUGGUCAGCAUGAAGGUGGGAGGCAGGACCAGACCUCAGGUGGUCAGCCUGCCCAACAUGAGGGUGCAGACGUGUAGCUGCGCCUCAGAUGGGGCUCUCAUACCCAGGGGGAUAGAUCUGUAG